AUGGCGACCACAAUCCCCCAAAACCCGACGACCCAAACGGUCAACCUGCUGCUCCAGAAGCUAAACGACACCGAUCCCGACUUUCGGUUCAUGUCACUUAACGACCUUCUCCAAGUCCUCGACAUCUGCAAGCCCGAUCUCCUCCAUCAUGAUUACAACACCGCUGCGAGGACCGUCGACCAUCUGGUCCGCGCUCUCGAUGACAACAAUGGCGAAGUACAAAAUUUGGCGAUCAAGUGUCUUGGCCCCCUGGUUCGCAAGCUGCCUUCUCAGAUCAUGGGUCCUCUUAUGGAGAAGCUCUCGACAUUGAAGCUCAAGAACUCGGUUGAUAACACUGUGCCCGCCCUGGCUCUGAAGAACGUUAUUGAAGCUCUACCUCGGCCGGUACCCGGUGUUGCUCCAGGCAAAGAUGUCGCCGAGGCGUACGCUGGUAUUAGUAGAGUUCUUAUCCCGCGCCUGCUUGGCCGCUCCAUACAGGCCUCCAAGGCCACCGGAGGUGCCCAGAACGUGCGCCUACCAGCUUUCGCCGAAGGCCUCUUCGACACCAACUUCGAGGUUAACGCCGAGACUGUCGAUGUUCUGAUCGAGGUCGUUCGGUGCUUUGGCCCCAUGCUUCAGCCUGUCGAGGUCGAAGCCCUGCAAGACGCAGUAGUGUCCCUUCUCGAGAAGGACAAGGGAACUUCAGUCGUCAAGAAGCGUGCUGUUGUCGCUACCUCUAUCCUCGCUGUAUAUCUCUCAGACGACUUGCUGCCGUCGUUCGUGGAGCGCAGCGUCAAUUUCCUCAGCAGCCCCAAGGCCAACUCGGUGACCAGGCGCUUGUACAUCACUGUUCUCGGAUCUAUGGCGCGAUCUAUUCCUAUGCGCUUUGGCCAGCAUCUGGAGGCAGUCGUCCCCCUUGUACUAGCUGCGCUGAGCGAGGACGAGCUUCAGGCCCAAUUGGAGGCUCUGGAGGACGAUAGCGACAUGGGUGACUUCAACGAGGUUCGAGAGGCUGCCCUUGUGGCCCUCGAAGCCCUCCUGGCUUCAUGCCCCAACCAGAUGCGGCCCUAUACUGAGACGUCUCUGGCAGCUAUCCUGAGAUACCUGAAGUACGACCCGAAUUAUGCCGCUGAUGACGACGAGGAGAUGGAUGAGGAUGAGGAAGAGGAGGAGGAUGACGAGUUUGACGGCGAUGAUGAUUUUGACAUGGAUGAGGGCUUCGAUGACGACGACGAUGCCAGCUGGAAAGUUCGACGUUGCGCAGCAAAGGCUAUGCACACUCUGAUAUCGACGCGGAGUAGCGGCGAUCUGCUUGAUAAUGGAGUGUUGUACGACCAAGCGGCCCCAGCACUGAUCAAGCGUUUUGCCGAGCGCGAGGAGAACGUCCGUCUCGAGGUUAUCUCUGCCAUGUCACUACUUGUGCGCAAGACAGGUGAAGGCGUCAUCGCAGACGUCCGCUCGGAGACUGCGCAGAGUGAGAAUCAGCCGCCAGCGAGUCGAAAGCGUCGUAGGCAGAGCAGCGGUGGCGGCGCAACUUCAUUCCUAGCUAUCACGUCAGCCUCUUCCGGCAGCAGCCGGACAUCCCCUCGACACAAGCGGGCUCGUUCGGGUCCUCAGAUUGCCCUGGCGGAGAAGACGCCGUCCAUUAUCAAGGCUGCGACAAAACUUCUCAAGGGCAAGCUCAUCCCCACCAAACAAGCAAUCAUCGGAUUGCUGGAUGAUAUCGUCGCUGUGCAGGAUGGCGGCUUGGCCGAGUACUUUGAUCAGGUUCUCGGGCCUAUAAUCGAGGCCAUCAAACUCUCGACUGCUUCGGGGGCAGCGACAGGUCUGUCUGCUACGGGUGGAAACGCUUCUGCAACUCUGGGAACACUACGCAUUACGGCACUCCGCUUGACCAGUCGCAUCGCCCAUCAUCAUGAGUCGGAAUCCCUCCAGCCGUACCUAUCCAAUAUCGUGGCCGGGGUUCUCUCUGCUGUCAAGGACCGAUUUUACAAAAUCUCUGGAGAGGCAGUGCAGACUGCAGAGGAGCUCAUCAGCCUCAUCACGUCCUCAGAGGCGCAGGCAAACGCUGCCGCGAACAAGGGCGAUCUCCAGAAGCUUUACGAUGUGGUCGUGGAUCGCACGAUAGCUACAGACGUUGAUGCUGAAGUUCGCCAAAAGGCGAUCCAAGCCUUGGGAACGCUGCUCUCAAGGACCAGCACCGCCCAGACCGUUGGUAUGCUGAGUGCUGAUCAGCGUCGCGAGGCUCUCGGCUAUCUGCUGGAGCGCUUGAAGAACGAAACCACUCGCAUUGCCUCUGUCCGAGCCAUAGACGACAUUGCCAAGAAGGCAUCUAGCAACGUGCAGUUUGAUCCAGAGUGGGCGAGGCAAGUGGCAGUCGAACUAUCCGCCCAACUCCGCAAGGCCAACCGGGCGCUGAGAGGCGCCAGCGCCCAAGCUUUGAGACAUCUCGUCCACUCACCUGCCUCCGCCGGUUGCCUCGAUGACAAGACCGUCCAGUCCUUGGUGACCGCCCUGCAGCCCGUCAUCACUAACAAUGAUGCGCACUUGCUGAGUCCCGCUCUUUGCGUUCUAGCUGAUUUGGUCGGCGUCCAUCCAAAGCUCGUCGUGACUCCACAAAUCAUCUUGGCACUUUGCCAGGUCCUUCAAUCCCCUGUGGCGGGCUCGGUGCUCGAGCCCCUUCUGGAGCUGGUCACCAAUAUUGGACAAAAUGGUGCUGGUCAGCCGCUGAUGGCUGGCUUGCUGAAGGAUGUGGGUAUUAGCGGCGACCCAGCUGUGGUGGGCAAGGUCAUAGGAAACCUGCUCGUCGCAAGUGGUGGCUCUGCUGGCGUUACUAUUGACAGCUUUAUGGGAGAGGUCAAGAACUCGCAAGGAGACCAGCUCAGGGCUAGCCUUGCCCUCGCAGUUCUUGGCGAGGUUGGUCUGCGCCUCGGCGACAAAUCUCCCAUUGCGCCAGAGCUGUUCUUGGAGCAAUUCAGCAACGAUCUUGACAAGGUCGCUCUUUCAGCCGCAGUGGCCCUUGGCCGCGCUGGGGCUGGCAAUGUGUCUCGGUAUCUGCCCGUGAUCCUCGAGAACAUGAAGACGGAUAGCCGGACGCAGUACCUGCUGUUGCACUCCGUUAAAGAGACGUUGCAACAGGGUACCAUCUCCGAUGCGUACAUCGCGCCGGUUUGGGAGCAACUCCUUCUGUCGGCUGGUGCCGAGGAUAACAAGGCCGUGUGCGCUGAGUGUCUUGGCCGUGUUGUGAUCAUCUCGCCGCAGGCUUACAUUCCCAAACUCGAGGUACGUCGGAGCCGUGCGGCCUUGCUUAGCAACAAAGACCCCUCGAUCAAGGGUAUCGCCGUGCAGGCUAUCCGCUACUCUCUGCCUGAAGCCUCCAAGGCUUUCGACGAUGUUCUAGAGCAGCAUCUUGUGACCAUGCUGAACAUUAUGCUCAGCGACCGGGACAUGGAGAUUCGACGCCUUGCCAUGACUGCGCUCAACUCGGCGGCUCACAACAAGCCAGAACUCAUCGUUGGUCAUCUCGGCCAGCUGGUGCCAUACGUCAUGGAAGAAUCCAAGAUCAAGGAGGAACUCAUUCGCGAAGUCCAGAUGGGUCCUUUCAAGCAUGUUGUUGAUGAUGGACUUGAGCUUCGGAAGGGCGCCUACGAGACUCUGUAUGCGCUGAUGGAGACUGCGUUCUCUCGCAUCAGCAUCAUCGACCUCUACGACCGCAUUGUCGCCGGUCUUGGCGACGUCAAUGAUAUCCGUGCGCUGUGCAACCUGAUGGUCUCGAAACUUGUCAUUAUCGCCCCUGAAGAGACCACGCGCCGCCUCGACUCCAUCGCGGAUAAGUUCCGCGCGACGCUCUCUACGAAGCUUAAGGAUAACGCCGUUAAGCAGGACCAUGAGAAGCAGGACGAGGCCAACAAGAGCGUUCUCCGGGUCACUCUGCUCCUGUCCGAGCAGCUCAAGGGGUCGUCGAAUGCUGCCGGGGCGGCUUCUGAUAUCGGUGCCAACCAGCGGUGGGCGCAGUACUGCGAGUGGGUCAAGAAGGACUUUGACCGACAGCUGAAGGUGCUUCGUGAGGAGAACAUGGAGCUCGGAGGCCGCGCCAUGGUUUGA